CAUCCACUUCCAGCUCGACCAUCCUCGGAACCACCACUGCGGGUCAAUUGCGGGUCAGCCGUAGAUCAGCAACCCCUCGUCGUCGAGUCUCAGUCGUCUAGACGUUUGGAAGGCACUUUCGUUGAGCUUCCCGUCUGCUCUUCUUCCUCAUUUACAAGAAUGGCGGCGAAGGCAACACUUAUCGCGUUCCUGUUGGCGACGAUCGGUGCAAUAACUGCACGAGAUAUACCCGACUUCCUGCAUAUUUGCAAUACCCGCGACCCGCAGUACAAUGAUUGUCUCCUCGAGAGCGUAAGAACGUUGCAGCCUUAUCUGAAGACAGGCGUACCGGAUUACAAUGUGCCGUCCUUAGAACCCCUCAAACUGAAGAAACUGACGUUUACUCCAACAAAUAGCUUGCGGUUACAGGCGAGUGAUAUCGACGUGUUCGGUGCUAGCAACUAUAUUCCUCAUAAGGCGAGAGCCGAUACCGAGAAAUUGCUUUACGCAAUAGACAUCGAAUUACCGAACAUCAUCGUCGAGGGAAAAUACGAGAUGAACGGCAGGGUGUUGUUACUUCCGAUUCAUGGCUCCGGCGGAUUGCACGGCAACUUCUCGAAUUGUAUAGGCGCGGUCAGAGUUCUAGGUGAAAAGUAUACAGAGGAGGGCGUCGAGAAGAUACGCAUUAAGGAUUUCAAUUUGAAGAUCUCUGUGGGCCACGGGACGCUGAAACUGGACAACCUGUUCGGUGGCGAACAGGUACUCGGAGAUGUCGUCAAUAACGCCAUCAACAAUAACUUCGACCUCUUCAUGAAGGAACUUCUGCCGUUGGUGGAGAAGGCGCUGUCCAAGGCGUUCCAGAAUAUCGCUGACAAUAUCGUUCAGCAGUUCUCGUAUGAGCAACUCUUCCCCAAUGCGUAAAUCUAUUGAGGUGAUCCAGGCGAUCGGGCGGGCUGGAAGAUAGCGACGUAGACUAGAUUCGGAAAUGCAUUGCACAAUAACAACAACGGACCCAGGAAUAUUCAGGCCACUUCGAAUCUUCAGCCAGGGGAACUCUUUCUUUCUGUAUGAACCUUGGCUGAACAGCAUCGUUCCACUUGUCACGGAGAUUGUCUGAGAUUCUAUAGCGUAUUUAAUGCGACUUACCGAUUUUCGCAAUCGAUGACAGCUAGGACAAUUAUGAAGAUUACGGAAUGACAUCCAUUGAGAAUCCGACUGCAAAUCAUCGUGGCGGAAGAUGUCAACAAUCGACAAUUACGCGAAUCAUUAUUAAUGAUUCUGACCAUGCAUAAUAAAGUAAAUGCUAUGCAAACAUCGGGUUUUCCGAUAUUUGCAAAGCGUUUAAUUUAUUAUGCGAGACUAACUACUAAUGGAUACGGAAAUAGCGUGAAACAACCGAACGUUUCUUAAUAGCACUAUUUAAGGAAGACGAUAAUGCUUUUUAAAAAAUUGAAAAAAAGACUAAAAGCGAAGGGAAAAAGUGUAUUUAAUUAUUUUUAUGAUAUUGAAAUACUAACGAAUCGUGCAAGAAUUUCGAAAAAUAUAUUUAUAUAUUCUUGACAGGAAAUGUGUUCCGCAAAUGCGUAAAUUUUCAGGAUCUCUAUCAUUAUUUCCACGUAACUCCAAAUGAAGCUACUUUAUAUGAUAGGCUACUGUAUGAGCACUUAGAAUUAGACUUGCAAAGUCCUUGAUCAACAAAACGAGAAGCUUCUUUUAUAAAAGUGAGAUACGGUAUAGGAAAAAUUUUUAUUUUUGCUUCAAUUCUAAUUCUCUCGAUAAAAGCUAUCGUGCGAUUUUACUUUCUGAAAAUAAGAGAGAAGAUAAAAACUAGAAAAGUGAUUUAUCGACGCAUAGUAAGCGCACAACGAUUUUCCAAGUAGAUUAAUUCUGUCCACCAUUUAUCCCGACAGGUAAAAAGAAAUCUGUAGAAACUGUGAGCUACUGGUAUAUGUAUAUAUAUAUACAUAUAUAUAUAUAUACACACACAUAUAUAUAAUAAACUGCGCGUCCUGUAAGAGGUAAUGGGUCCAGCAGGUAUAAAAGAGAGAAAUAGCGUGUUUUCCUUGUCUGAUAGUCCAAUUGUGUGUGAUGGAAAGAAAAAGAGAUGAGGGGUAGUCGCUUCUCUCACUUACUCAUUCACUCGCUCUCUAUCUCACAAUCUCAUGCUUCUCCAACAUAGCGAUCUUCCCAAAGCAUUAUGUGACAGAGAAAGCACGCCACAAACCAUAUUUCUAUCUUUUUAUCUUGUCCCCAACCAUUCUAUAAAGCCGCGCUACCGGUGAGCUCAGUGUAUCCUUCAAAAUAAAUGGUUAUUAAUAAUA